AUGUUUUCCUUUACUCGAUGUAUCAGUAUUGAGAGCAAGCACGAAGUCACAAUCCUAGGAGGACUCAAUGAAUUUGUUGUGAAGUUUUAUGGACCACAAGGAACACCGUAUGAAGGUGGAGUAUGGAAAGUUAGAGUCGACCUUCCUGAUAAAUACCCUUUCAAAUCCCCGUCUAUAGGAUUCAUGAAUAAAAUCUUCCAUCCCAACAUUGACGAAGCGUCAGGAACUGUAUGUCUAGAUGUAAUCAAUCAAACUUGGACAGCUCUCUACGAUCUCACCAAUAUAUUUGAAUCGUUCCUGCCCCAGCUGCUGGCCUAUCCUAACCCUAUAGAUCCUCUAAAUGGUGACGCUGCAGCCAUGUACCUCCACCGACCAGAAGAGUACAAACAGAAAAUUAAAG